AUGGAGGAAUACGCGCCGCUGGCCUCGCUGUCUCUGACACACGUUCACUAUAACCCCGCCGACCGCCUAUCCUACGUAUGCGCCUGGCUGGCCCUCGUUCCGCAAGGGCUAUGCAUCGUCUACGCGACCCUGAUAUGGUCCAACCGCGAGAUUGAGAUUCUGCUCAUGUUUACCGGGCAGAUGGCCUGUGAGGGCGUCAACUGGGGGUUGAAGAGGUUGAUCAAGGAGGAGAGACCGCGCGAGAUGCACGGCAAAGGCUACGGAAUGCCCUCCUCCCACGCCCAAUUCGUGACCUUCUUCUCCCUCACCCUGACCAUGUUCUUGCUCUUCCGCCACGCACCGCAUCCCACCGAAACCCACACUCCGUUCUCCUUCUUCCAGCGCCUUCUGCUCUCCAUUGCAGCUCUAAUCUCUGCCGCGGCUGUUGCUGUGAGCCGGAUAUACUUGAACUACCACACUCCGAAGCAAGUCCUCGUGGGAUGUACCGCAGGUGCUAUAUUCGCUAUAUUGUGGUUUGGCUUCACGACCUAUCUAAGGCGAGCUGGCUGGGUUGAUUGGGGGUUGGAUACAUAUAUUGCAAGGGAGUUUCGGAUGCGGGAUCUCGUUGUGGAAGAGGACUUAGUUGACUCGGGCUGGGCGAGAUGGGAAGACAGGAGGCUGAGGAGGAGGGCCCUCGCCAACGGAAAGAAGAGGAGCUGA